AUGCAAAAAAAUGGGUCAACGUAAUUUUCACAUAGUUUAAUAAUCAAAUCGCUCACCUGGGCUCGUGAUUCCCAUGCCUUAUUUGAUUAUGAAGCUCGUGAAGUCUCCAAAGCAACUCUAAAAACAGGCCACGACAGCUAUUUAUUCAGAACUGGUGAAAAUGUGAUGAUUUCUUACGAUCCUUCUGAUCUCUCCAAUCCGGGAUCUAGAUAUCUAUGCAAAAUUCAAAUAAUUGAUGGUAAAUUCUAUUUUAGGGUUUUUCACAGUUGCUGUGGUUGAUUCAAUAGACGGAAAUGCACUUACCCGAAAUGAAUUUGAAAAAAUUUGGCUUUGCGUUCGCAGUCUUCAGCCAAGCGGAGGAAUUAAAGGUUACAAAUUGUGCGAAGGUGACGUUAUCAGACUUGGAAGAGUAAAAUACCGUGUUAAAGAGCUUAAAGGUGGCACAGGGUCUAAAAAAGGACCCCAAUUCAGCUUAAGUGAUGCGCUUUUAGGGCUCAAUGUAGAAGAAAAUUCUGAAGAAUCUGACGGAAUCGCUUACAAACUCCCUUGCAGAGUAUGCUUAAGCGAAGUCUAUACACCAAACAACCCAUUAAUAUCGCCUUGCAAGUGCGAUGGAACUAUGAAAUAUAUUCAUUUGAAAUGCUUACAACAGUGCUUGCGCUCUAAAUUAGCAACAAAAUCUAGUGACCACAUCAUUUCACUAUCAUGGAAAAAAUUAUGCUGCGAGCUCUGUAUGAAGCCUUAUCCUUAUAAGCUUGCAGUUGGAAAAGAAAUUGUGGAAUUAAUUGAAAUUCCGAAGCCGCCAAAUCAGUAUGUAAUUUUGGAAUCAUUAAAAAAAGACAAAAAUUCAAGUAAAGGCUUACAUGUUGUAAGCUUAUAUAAUAACAAUUCUAUAAAGAUAGGAAGAGCCCAUGAUUGUGAUUUGAGGAUUUCUGAUAUAUCAGCAUCAAGGCUUCAUGCAAUUUUGAAAUAUCAUGAUAGAGGAUUUUACAUAGAAGACCAAGGCAGCAAAUUCGGCACAUUAAUUCAAGUAAAAAGACCAAUUGCAUUAGAAACUAAUGACUUAUUAUCAAUACAAUGUGGGAGAUCUAUGCUAACUUUUACUACUAAAAAGCCAUGAAAUCUUAUCCCAGCCUGCUUCCGGUCAAGCGCAUCACCAUUUGAGUUAUUCAAUUCUCCUAUUUCUCCGGGAAAAAUCCCUUUAUUGCCUAUAAAUACAGGGAUUCCUCUCAGUAUAAACGAUCCUCAAGAUUUAUUAUCAAUUGCAGGAGCCAGACCAGUCAGACCUGAGCAAUAUAAAGAGCACAAUAAUUUAUUAUUCCAACAUUAUCAGCUAGGACUUAACAGCUCUUGUGAAGACGAGCAGGGCGAUGAACAAUCAAUUGAGGAAGUAGAAAUCGCUGAACUGCCUGAUGAUUUGCUUGAUAUCCCAAUGAACCCUUCAUGCGCUGCAGGCGAUAAGUUGAAUAAGUCAUUUUCAUAA